GGCCCUCCGCUCAUGCUCCAGCGGCGUCUCCCCGGUUCCCGACGCUUCCCGAAGCUCGGCGGCGGCUCCGCCCGAGGCGCCCGCGUGUCGAGCUCUCUCCCGGCCUCUCCAGAAAAUGCCUACCCACCUUCUUCUACCUCCUCCCCCACCUCCUUCUCCCCACUUCUGCUCAGUCAGUUUCGCGCACACCCUCGCUUCCUUUUGCGCUACCGCCAAGAAGCACCAACGAGCAGGUCCGGCGAAGAGAGUCCUCAGCGCGUGUCCGUCGACCGGUCCGGAUGGCUGAACAAUUCUACACUGUGACAUCGGAUAGUGAAACCACUGGGGAAGAUCAAGCACAGCAAUCAUUCCCUGAUGUUGCUAUCGGCAUUGAUAUUGGCACUUCAAGAUGCAGUGUUGCUGUUUGGAAUGGUCAUCAAGUGCAGCUACUGAAGAAUACUCGAAGCCAGAAAGGGAUGAGGUCAUAUGUCAUGUUCAAAGAUGACACCCUUUCAGCUGGUGUUACUGGAGGAGCAACCAAGGAACACGCACACGAGGAAAGAGAUAUCUUGUCAGGAAGUGCAAUAUUCAAUAUGAAACGUUUAAUUGGGAGAAUGGACACUGAUGAAGUGGUUCAAGCUAGCAAGACCCUCCCUUUCCUUGUGCAGACAUUGGGUAUUGGUGUGAGGCCAUUCAUUGCAGCGCUGGUGAACAAUAUGUGGCGGUCCACAACUCCUGAGGAAGUUCUUGCCAUCUUCCUGCUUGAAUUGAAGGCCCUGGUGGAAAUGCAUCUGAAACAUCCAGUCCGGAACGCUGUUCUAACCAUUCCAGUUGCGUUCAGUCGGUUCCAGCAGACCAGGAUUGAGAGAGCAUGUGCCAUGGCUGGACUGCACGUGCUGAGGCUCAUGCCAGAGCCUACUGCUGUUGCGCUUCUGUACGCUCAGCAGCAGCAACAACUUCUGCAUGACAACAUGGGAAGUGGCAUCGAGAAAAUCGCCCUGGUGUUUAACAUCGGUGCUGGUUAUUGCGACGUUGCGGUGUCUGCCACUGCUGGAGGUGUUUCUCAAAUCAGAGCCCUUGCAGGUUGCACAGUUGGUGGAGAGGACAUUCUUCAGAAUGUGAUGCGCCACCUCCUACCUAAUUUUGACAGCUUAUAUGGUAAUGCUGGUCAAACAAUGGACAGAAUCAAGUCAAUGGGUUUGCUGCGUAUCGCAACUCAGGAUGCGAUACACAAACUGGCCACCCAGGAAAGCAUCGAGAUCAACGUUGAUUUGGGGGGCGGUUACAAAGUGUCCAAGGUUUUGGACCGUGCAGAAUUUGAGCAAGUGAAUCAUGCGAUCUUCGAGAAAUGCGAGAGGAUCAUCAAGCAAUGCUUGGCAGAUGCGAAGCUAGCGCCAGAGGACAUCGAUGACGUGGUCCUGGUUGGAGGAUGCUCCAGGAUUCCUAAGAUCAGAAGCCUUGUCCUAGGAUUAUGCAAGAAGGAAGGCUCGUACGAGGGCGUAGACGUUCUGGAUGCUGCUGUUUCAGGUGCCGCCCUGGAAGGGGCCAUUGCUUCAGGAGCGACUGACACUUCAGGGAGCUUAGACCUGCUGACAAUCCAGGCUACCCCGAUGAACCUCGGAAUCCGUGCCGACGGUGAUGGAUUUGCCGCGAUUAUUCCAAGGAAUACUGCAGUUCCUGCGAGAAGGGAGAUGCUGUUCACGACAACACGUGACAAUCAGACCGAAGCGCUCAUCGCUGUCUACGAAGGUGAAGGCAAGGAAGCGGAAGCGAACCAUCUGCUGGGGUACUUUAAGAUCACCGGCAUUCCUCCAGGAGCAAAGGGGACUGUCGAAAUCAAUGUGUGCAUGGACAUCGACGCGGCCAACGUCCUCAGGGUGUUUGCUGGCGUUGUGAAGCCGCAAGGCGAGGCUGCCCCACCGUUCAUGGAAGUGAGGAUGCCCACACUGGAUGACGGGCACGGCUGGUGCGGACAGGCACUGGCGAAGAUGUAUGGCAGGGAGCUCGACCUGGCUGUUCUCCUCCCUAAGAAGGUGCAGCCGUAAGACUUGCUUAUGGCGCUCUUACAGACUAUAGUUGUGUUCUACAGUAUUUAAUUAGUAAUUAGUUUGUGAACUGCGGUUCGACGACAGUCAGUCAUGUGUGCCCUCUAUGCAGUACUGUAUGUGUAGACAAAUAAACGUUAGUGUCGUCUAAUAGCGUGUCGUGUGUAGAAUGGGAUGUUGCUUCCUCUGUUGUGAGUUUUCUCUGUACUGCUGAACAUCCGAAGUUAAUAAGAGGUGUUUCAUGUGCGGCA